UAAAAACAGUAAUUGGUAACCAUUUGUUGUGAUCACUUAUUAGAAGUGGAAUUGCAAGCAUGGAUUAUGACGAUGAUUUCUUCUUCGAAGAGGAUAAGAUGUUGGUUUCAUAAACCUGCUUAUUUAAUACACGAUAUUUGUUAUACUUCAGUUUAAAUGUGCUUGUUUUUUUCCUUGUAACAUGCAUGUCUGUAUGUCACGGUGUAAUGGAAUAGUUUGAAGGAAGAAAUGGUAAUAUCUAUAGAUAACAUUGAUUUAAAAGAAUUUAAUGAAGAACUCAAAGAUAAUUGUUUUGUUCCAUUAACCACUGUGUCAUUGGCUAAUGUACAACCGCAUCAGUUUCUCAUGAUGGAAGAUCGCAUACCCGAUGUAGAACUGGUCAAGCAAGAUCAGUCUCUUCAUCAACCACUCAACAGCACAAUGGGUAUGACCAUAACUUCUGGCAAUGUUGUAAUACAAAAGGAUGGCAGUAAUCUUAUAGGCAUAAGUAUCGGAGGGGGAGCACCGUUAUGUCCAUGUUUAUAUAUUGUACAAAUUUUUGAUAAUACACCUGCAGCAAUAGACGGUACUCUGCAAUCAGGAGAUGAACUUGUAGCAGUGAAUGGUACAUCGGUUAGAGGAAAGACAAAAGUAGAAGUUGCAAAGAUGAUACAAUCUUGUGAUUCUCAAGUUAGUAUUAAUUACAAUAAAUUACAUGCUGAUCCAAGGCAAGGUCGUACGCUUGAUAUAGCCUUGAAAAAGGUGAAACAUAGAUUGGUUGAAGGAAUGGGAAGUGCAACAGCAGAUGCAUUAGGAUUAUCGCGUGCAAUUCUUUGUAACGAUGCGCUUGUGCAACGAUUAAUGGCAUUACAGCGCACAGAAAAUUUGUAUAGAGGUCUUGUUUCUCAUGCUAAAUCUACUUUACAUGCUUUCUUUGAUUUAAUACAAAUAUACAAAGUAUUUGGUGAUGCUUUUGCUGCGAUAGGAGUAAGAGAACCACAACCUCGAGCUAGUGAAGCUUUCAGACAAUUUGGGGAACAGCAUAGACAAAUGGAAAAAUUUGGAGUAACAAUGCUAAAAACUUUGAAACCCAUAUUAAACGAUUUAGGCACAUAUCUUCACAAAGCUAUUCCAGAUACACGAUUAACUAUCAGCAAAUAUGCCGACGCGAAAUUUGAAUAUCUUUCUUACUGUUUGAAAGUAAAAGAAUUGGACGACGAAGAACAAAGUUAUGCAGCAUUACAGGAACCUCUUUAUCGAGUGGAAACAGGCAAUUAUGAAUAUCGGUUAGUAUUAAGAUGUCGACAAGAGGCACGUGCGAAGUUUGCGAAACUUAGAUCAGAUGUACUUGUAAAACUUGAAUUAUUGGACAAUAAACAUGUUCAGGAUGUUGUAUGGCAAUUGCAAAAAUUUGCAGCUGGUCUAGCAAAAUAUUAUUCUAAUACACGGGAUUUACUAUCUGCUGUAACAUUAUUUCCCGUUGAAGUCGAUUUAUCGCAUUCUGCGUUUCAAUAUAAAUCUACCGGACCGCAAAUGAUAACUGACGGAGAAGAUGUAGAUGAAUUUGAACCAGAAGAAAAAUCAAAUACAAAUGAAGAUCUACUCAUAGACACGCAAAAUAUUUCGCUUACAUUCGAAUCUGAUAAUAUGUAGCAAAGUGAUUUUAAUUUACAAAGAAUUCUGAAAAUCAUUAUUAAUGUAAUAAUGUUUUCUUCGUAUUUCGCGUUCUACUUUCAGUGAUUUUUUGUAAAUCAAUACCAAAGGUAAUUAUUUUAAAAAGUAUAUGUACCAAGACUUUGUAUAUUAUUAUUGAGAAACACGCUUCUCAUAAUAAGUAUUAAUUAUAAAAUUGAAUAAUGCAAUUAUUAUAUUUUUAAUUCUUAUAAUAAACAUACUAUGUUACAGUUGUUUGAAAUAUAUAUUUUGAUGUUAUUUAAA